CGGCAAAAAUACUACAUCCUCUAAAGAUCAAAGUACAAGAACAUAGGGAAAUAUUAAGCGUGAGAAAUCAUUCCUAAAAUUAAUCCUUACGAAUUGCUUUAUUGAAUGAAGGAUGGAGUUUGAGCGUCACCUUUCUUUUCCGGUGGGGCGCUCAUAGUGUGAAAUCAACAUCUGCAUCGGUAGUAACACUUUUGACGGAUGUAUUAUGCAUUUAUAAGAACUCUGUCUUCAGAUAAACUAAGGUUUUCCAGGAGGCUACUGUAUGCAAGAGGGUGGACCGAAUUGGGUUUAGGCUUAACGUUACAGUAAGAAUGUCACGAGUUAAAUCAGAGUCACCGACCGCCGUUACCAAUGUACAUACAGGCUCAAAGAUGCAGAGAGUAAUUUACGUUACUUACCUCAUAGCUGUCCUGGAUAUCACGUGGAUGUUUUUACAGUUUUCCAUCACUCCUUAUUUGGCGAAGAAGCUGGGAUUUGACACCCUAUGGAUUGGCUAUUUGCAAACCAUGGUUGGUGUCGUCCAAUUGUUGGGAGGCCCGAUAUUUGGCAGGUUUGCAGACCUUUUUGGUGCCAGAGCAGCAAUGUGUCUAUCCUGCACUGCCUCUGUAGUCUACUAUGGGUUACUAGCGAUCGCUGACAGUCCUCUCAUGCUCUUCAUCCACAAACUCCCCGCUGUCUUAAUGCAUGGCUUGCCUGGAGCCCAGAUGGUAGUGACUGACCUGACAGAACCUGACAAGCGGGCAGAGGCCCUUGGCAAGCUGGGCCUAUGUUUUGGCAUUGGCAUGGUUGCCGGCUCCACCUUGGGCGGUACACUCAGCACACGCUAUGGGGAGACAUUUGCUGCUUGUGUAGCUGCUGGAGGGAGCUUCAUCAGCUUCCUGUUGGUUUGGAUGUUUAUCCCGAAACACACUAAGAUACAAGCUCCACAGGACAACACAGACAAGAAGAGCAAUGCCAAGUCAGUCUUUGACCUGGGUGAGAUCACCAGACUGAUGAAGUACCCUGGUGUGGCCAAAACCUUCAUGGUCAAGAUCAUCUCAGGUCUGCCAUCAGGUAUCUUUCAGGUCAUGUUCUCUGUUAUCGCCAUGAACUUCUUCCAGCUGGCGCCAGAGCAGAAUGGCUACCUUAUGGCCUACUUUGGGAUCGUGUCAAUGGUAAUCCAAGGAGGAGUGAUUGGCCGGCUGACCUCAAAGUACUCUGAGAACUCACUGCUUCUCCUCUCCAUCGGCAUGUCAAGUCUGGUGGGCCUGGCUCAGGUCUUCAUGGCCAACGUGUUCCAGUUCUGCUUCAUCGUCCUCCCCAUGAUGUUUUCUCUCAGCGUGUUCAACGUCAUCACUGACAGCAUGCUGACGAAGACUGUGCCUUCCUCCGAUACCGGCAUGAUGCUGGGCCUGUGUGCCUCUGUGCAGUCUCUGCUCCGCACCAUCGGCCCCACUAUUGGAGGCUUCUUGUAUCACAACUACGGAGUGGCCUCUUUUGGGUUCAUCCAGUUUGCCGUGAACAUGGUCGUGUUUGUGUUUAUGCUUAGAAAUAUGGUCAACAGCAAAGACGAGCGCAGAGAAUGACAUUCCACAGACUUAAAUACAUAGGGCAUUUUAAAAGUGACCUAAAUAUAAUUUUAUAUUAUCAGAGAAUGUAAUUAUAUUUCUAUAAUGGACAAAAAUAUACAAAUGCAACAUACAACAAUUUCCUAGAUUUUACUGAGUUACAGUUCAUAUGAGGAAACCAGUUGAUUGAAAUAUAUUCAUUAGGCCCUAAUCAAUGGAUUUCACAUGACUGGGAAUACAGAUAUGAAUCUCUUGUUCAAAGAUGCCUUAAAAAAAAAGGUAGGGACGUGGAUCAGAAAACCAGUCAGUAUCUGAUGUGACCACUAUUUGUUGAUUGUGGCCUGUGGAAUUUUGUCCCACUCCUCUUCAAUGGCUGUGUGAAGUAGCUGGAUAUUGGCUGGGAACUGGAACACGCUGUCGUACACGUCGAUCCAGAUAAUCCCAAACAUGCUCAAUGGGGUGACAUGUCUGGUGAGUAUGCAGGCCAUGGAAGAACUGGGACAAUUUCAGCUUCCAGGACUUGUGUACAGAUCCUUGCAACAUGGGGCCGUGCAUGAAUCAUGAGGUGAUGACGCUGAAUGAAUGGCACGACAAUGUGCCUCAGGAUCUCGCUACAGGGAUCUUUGUGCAUUCAAAUUGCCAUCGAUAAAAUGCAAUUGUGUUCAUUGUCCGUAACUUAUGCGUGCCCCCAUACCAUAACACCACGGAGCACUCUGUUCACAUCAGCAAACCGCUCACACACACGCCGCCAUACACGUGGUCUGCUGUUGUGAGGGCAGCUGGAUGUACUAUCAAAUUCUCUAAAACGAUAUUGAGGCGGCUAAUGGUAGAGAAAUUGACAUUCAAUUCUCUGGCAAACAGCUCUGGUGGACAUUCCUGCAGUCACAUGCCAAUUGCACACUUCCUCAAAACUUGAGAUAUCUGUAGUAUUUUUCUUAUGACAAAAACAAAAAAAAAACGGCACAUUUGACUGGCCUUUUAUUGUCCUUUGUAAUGAUCAUGCCGUUUAAAUCAGCUUCAUGACAUGUCACACCUGUCAGGUGGAUGGGUUAUCUUGGCAAAGGAGAAAUGCUCACUAACAGGGACGUAAACACAUUUGUGCACAACAUUUGAGAAAUAAGCUCUUUGUGCGUAUGGAACAUCUCUGGGAUCAGGAACGUUCAGAAGACCAGUCGUUUGCUGGAGAUGCCACUUACAUAUAAAAUCAUUUGUUGAUUCUG